GCUUCUCAGCUUUUAUCUAUAUGAGAUGGACCUCCAGUUUCCAGUUUGAAAGUGAGCUUUCUGUCUUGACCAAAACCCAGCACGCCCCAUUUGCAUCGGUGUGCGAGAAGCGAUGAGUUCCCAAAACGGCGGCAGCCACAGCUUCGCUCAGAGCUGCCGUGCGCUGUGAGCUUCAGGAUGUCCCUCACGCUAGCGUGGAUCGUGGUUCUUCUCACCUGUCUCUCCUGCUUAGGAGUGAUGCCCAAGACUCUUGAGAUUAAGUAUUGUGUCAGCUUCUGGGGGAAAAACAUCACGUGCUACUGGGAUCUUCUGCCAGAGAUGGAUUCUCCAAUCACCUACACCCUCCAGGUCACGGAGGAAGCUGGACGCUGCCAAAGAGACUUUGGCCUCCUCAAGAAUUGCGUGGCUGAUCCAGGAGAACAUUGGUGUGGUGUUCCGGUAGAGAACCUCUUUGCUUUCUACAAGAUCAAAUUAACUGCACAGAACCAGCAGCUGCGGGAUGACUCCUCGGAGAAGUGCCUCCGUGGAAUGAGCAUCGUGAAACUGAGUCCACCAGUAUUGAAUGUGGUUGCACCCCAAAGCCGCUGCCUCCAGCUGCAAUGGAACCUGCCUGGGGAUGAGCUGAUAUCAGCAACGGAGGCCCAGUACGAGAUCCGGCAUUGUGACCUGGUAGAGUCGUCUUGCCUGCAGGUAAAUUUUACAGCACUGGAGAAUGCACCACUUUCCGCAAACAUCUGUGGCCUGUUCCCCUUCACCAACUACUCCAUGCAAGUACGGGCAAAAUAUCUGCAGAGUUCUGCUUUCCAAAGUGAUGGUGAUCCCUUUUGGAGCGACUGGAGUUUGGAGACAUUUGCAAGGACCCUUCCGGCAGUUCCUUCCAGAGGGCCAGCGUUUUGGAGAAAACUAGGAAGCCCCACUGCUGACAAAGAGAGAGCAGUUGUCCUGAUGUGGAAGCCCUUGAAGCCCAAGGAUGCCAACGGCGAGAUUUUGGGAUACAGCCUCCGCUCUCAGAGGAAAGGGGAGCUCACGGUGCCCGCGUGCAUCACCUCUCACCACCUGAAGUGUCGUCUGCUCCUCCCGGCUGGCGAAGAAUUCACCUUUUAUCUCACCGCCAGAAACACGGUUGGCAUCUCACCUCCAACCAGGCUGGUGAUUCCAGCCUUCCGUAACGCAGAAGUCCCACCUUCCCCUCUGUCCAUCCUGGUGUCUUCGGCAGGGGACCACUCCCUCCUCUUACAGUGGUCUCUUCCCAGCAACCCCAAGAUGGACUUUGUUCUGGAGUGGAACAAACUGCCUGAGAAGGAAGUGGGAGACCCACACUGGCAAUAUCAGUCGGAACACGUCAACCGUACGGUCAUUAGGAAGCCAUUGAGCCUGGGCAUCUUUAUGCCGUGA